AUGGCCGUUUUCCUUAACACGACACUUCCAUUCCUUUCUCCAAAAGCCACCAUUAAUUCAUCCAAGUUCACAUUAACGUUAAUCUUAUCAAACUCAACAACAAGAAUUCUGCUCCCAAAUCGCUUCCGAGCCAUGAACUUGUGCGCCAAAUCCCAACCCGUAUCUGUCUCGUCCUCUUCAUCAAUAUACCGGGUGCCAGAACAAGAUGCUAACGACAUGAACCUUGUGGCUGACCAGACAUUUCGAAGGUACAUGUCCAACAACAAGAGGAGUGGCAAAGGAACAGCCAUUGUCUGGUUUAGGAACGAUCUCAGAGUAUUGGAUAAUGAGGCUCUCUAUAAGGCAUGGCUUUCCUCCGAAACUGUAUUGCCUGUCUACUGUGUUGAUCCUCGACUCUUUGCGACCACUUAUCAUUUUGGAUUUCCAAAAACCGGUGCAUUGAGAGCACAAUUUCUGCUUGAAUGCUUGGCUGAUUUGAGGAAGAAUUUGAUGAAACGGGGACUUAAUUUGCUUAUUCAACAUGGGAAACCUGAAGAUGUUCUUCCUUCUCUGGCAAAAGCUUUUGAAGCUCAUACAGUGUACGCGCAGAAAGAAACUUGCAGCGAGGAGCUGAAUGUUGAAAGGUCAGUUAUGAGAGGUCUUCAACAAGUGGUAAUACCACCUAAGGAAUCCAAUGGUGUGACAAUUUCAAACAAUGUCCCCAAGUUACAAUUUAUUUGGGGUACCACCAUGUACCACCUUGAUGACCUCUCUUUUGAUGCUACUUGUUUGCCAGAUGUGUAUACUCAAUUUCGUAAGAUUGUUGAAGCCAAAUGUACCAUACGCCCGUGCAUCAAACUUCCAGCAUCUCUUGGACCUCCUCCCCAAAUUGAGGAUUGGGGUUGCCUUCCUUCGUUGGAGCAGCUGGGACUUUGUUCACAGAAUGUUAGCAAGGGGAUGAAAUUUGUGGGGGGUGAAACUGCAGCAUUGAGCAGAGUAUAUGAAUACUUUUGGAAAAAGGAUUUGCUAAAGGUAUACAAAGAGACCAGAAAUGGGAUGUUAGGGCCUGAUUAUUCUACUAAAUUCUCACCAUGGCUUGCCUCGGGAAGCUUGUCUCCUCGUUUCAUACAUGAAGAGGUGAAGAGAUAUGAGAAUGAAAGACUAGCAAAUAAUUCUACCUACUGGGUUUUGUUCGAGUUGAUAUGGAGGGAUUACUUUAGGUUUUUAUCAAUGAAAUAUGGGAAUUCAAUUUUCCAUUUAGGUGGCCCAAGGAAAGUUCAGCACAAUUGGAGCCAAGACAAGAAUUUGUUUGAAUCCUGGAGGGAUGGUCGUACAGGGUAUCCUUUGAUAGAUGCCAACAUGAUAGAACUAUCAACUACAGGGUUUAUGUCGAACCGGGGACGACAGAUUGUGUGUUCUUUUCUCGUUCGUGAUAUGGGCAUAGAUUGGCGUAUGGGAGCAGAAUGGUUUGAGACAUGUCUUUUGGAUUAUGAUCCAUGUUCUAAUUAUGGAAACUGGACUUAUGGAUCAGGUGUUGGGAAUGAUCCCAGAGAAGACCGUUAUUUCAGCAUCCCAAAACAAGCACAAACAUAUGACCCAGAAGGUGAAUAUGUUGCAUACUGGUUGCCACAGUUACGAACACUCCCAAAAGAUAAAAGGAACUUUCCUGGAAAUUUAUACAUUCGUCAAAUUGUGCCUCUCAAAUUUGGAACAGCUACUAGACACAAUAAGGAGGACAAGUCCCUUGGUGCAAGAAAAGCCAAUUAUAGAGGAAGUGAAAGAUGGAACAGGAGAUAAAUUUGGAAAAGAGAAAUGUCCUUGAAUGAUAGCAUAGGGUUGUUGUCACUCCCUCGUUCUGUUCCCUUGGUCUUAGAGGCUUUGCCCCUUCAGUGUGUCAUAAAGAUGAAGUUUGAUCCUGUUGAAAUUUAGCCUUUCAUAUUUAAAUUCAUUCUCAUUGAUACUUGU